AAGGGGUCUAAUAAUUCCCGAGAAAAAGCAAAACAGAGCAGUCCAAGCGAAGACAGCCAUGGCUGAUACUCCUACGUACCAUUCCAGUGUCCACGUGUCGCAUCCUUAGCCCAUCCACUACCCUUCUUCGACAGACCAUUCCCACCUUCUCUCUCUCUAAAUUGGCCCAUCUCUCUCUCUCUAAAAACCUGUGUCCUCCAUUAAUAAUCUUGUUUGGAUCCUCCUCAAUCCUCGCCUUCUUUUCAGCACGUUCUUUCUUUGCCCUAACCCUACCCGCCCUCCUUUCCAUCCAAUUGCUCGCUCUAUUGUCCCCUCCCAAACCCAGCCUCCAGGGUUUUCUUUUUCUCUCUCAAUUCUCUCUCCUCUGUCCAUACCCAUUAACAGAACGCAAGCAGUUGAGAGUUUGUUAGGGUGGAGAGAGAGAGAGAGAGAGAGAGAGAGAGAGAGAGAGAGAGAGAGAGAGAGAGAGAGAGAGAGAGAUGAGCUUUCAAGAUCUCGAAGCGGGCCGCCCGUUGAAUUCGAGGCGAGACAUGAUCAAUGGGACGCAAGCCGUGGCAUCGGGGAUAUUUCAAAUAAACACAGCCGUGUCGACGUUCCAGAGGCUCGUCAAUACCCUCGGAACCCCCAAGGACACGCCGGAGCUACGCGAGAAGCUGCACAAGACGAGGUUACAUAUUGGGCAGUUGGUGAAGGACACCUCAGCUAAACUUAAGCAAGCUAGUGAAAUAGAUCAUCAUGUUGAAGUUGGUGCCAACAAGAAGAUUACGGAUGCUAAACUUGCUAAAGAUUUCCAAGCAGUUCUGAAAGAAUUCCAGAAGGCUCAGCGUCUUGCGGCUGAAAGGGAGACAGCAUAUAGUCCUUUUGUACCUAAAGCAGUUCUUCCUUCAAGCUAUACAGCCAACGAGGUUGACAUAAGUUCAGAUAAGAGUCAAGAACAACGUGCUUUUCUUGUUGAAUCCAGAAGACAAGAGGUGCUACUGUUGGAUAAUGAGAUUACCUUCAAUGAGGCUAUCAUUGAAGAAAGAGAGCAGGGAAUCCAAGAAAUCCAGCAUCAAAUUGGGGAGGUAAAUGAGAUUUUUAAAGACCUUGCUGUGCUGGUCCAUGAGCAAGGAACUAUGAUUGAUGAUAUUGGCUCCAACAUUGAGGGUGCUCAUGCUGCGACUGCUCAAGGAAAGUCUCACCUUGCAAAAGCAGCAAAGACGCAGAGAUCAAAUUCAUCGCUGGCCUGCUUGCUAUUGGUGAUAUUCGGCAUCGUACUUCUCAUCGUAGUCAUAGUCCUUGCUGCCUGAUCAGAACCUUGUGUGAGUUAGAUGAUACUAGUGGUAUAAGAGUCUUCCCAGCAAUGAGACGGUACCUCCUAGCUGGUCUCUUAUAUGGCUUUGUCUCGUGACUCUCACCAGAACAUCUUAUGGAUUGAUGUUUUGAUCUUCUUGAGUCUCAAUAUCAACCAAAGCAUUAUUGUAUCUUGGCAUCAUAAUGCAGUUUUUAUUCAGUUUGGGUAUGGGUGGGGGGGUUUUUUGUUUUCUCCUGUAAAUUGGUCGAUUUGAGGGUGUGCUACAGCUUGUUAUAUCUCGUCAAUAAAAACUUAUAUUUCUUUGGUGGUGUUUCUUGCUUA